AUGGCUUGUAUAACUCUUGAAGUUUUCGAUGCCAAAACGAACACGCGAUUAGUUGCUACUCUGGAAAAUGUUACUCAUGAAGAUUCAAUUAUGGCAAUUAAAAAACGCUUAUCUCAAAGAAAGUUUUAUGAUCGUUCUUAUUGGCUUUCGCUUCCGGUUAAUCGAAUAGCUUUGCGUCUGGAUGCUAAGGGAAAGAAUCUGAAGGAUGAUUUGAUUAUUCGGGAUCUUAAUUUGCCCUCAGCAUGUGUUCAGUUAUAUAUUCGCGAUCUAGGCUUACAAAUUGGAUGGAAAACUGUGUUUAUUUUUGAAUAUUUGGGACCGCUUCUUAUUUAUCCUAUUUUCUACUUCAGGCCAUUCUUCAUUUAUGAAAAUGCUGGAUCUCGAACACCAAUACCUGAUGCAGUAAGUGCUGCAUUAGUUUGUUGGACAAUUCAUUAUAUAAAACGCCUGAUCGAAACUCAGUUCGUUCAUCGAUUUAGUAACGCCACAAUGCCUUUGCAAAAUAUAUUUAAGAACUGCAGUUACUACUGGGCAUUCACAGCGUAUGUUAGUUAUUAUAUUAAUCAUCCGCUAUACACACCACCAGCUUUUGGCUUUUCACAAAUUUUGUUUGGCUUCAUUGGUUUUGUACUCUGUGAGGCUGGCAAUUUAUCCGUUCAUCUUCUUCUGCGUAAUUUGCGUCCUCCGGGAACCAAAAUCCGUAAGAUCCCGUUGCCAGAUGCUAAUCCUCUGACGUUUAUGUUUAAUUUUGUGAGCUGUCCCAACUAUACUUAUGAAUUUGGUUCUUGGCUAUUUUUCUCGUGUAUGUGUCAGUCAUUGCCAGGAAAGCGUGGUAUUUAUUGUUAUUCUCUGAAUUAUUGCAAGUUUGUGAUGUCGGUGCAAGGAUUACAAGCUAUCGUUCUCUGCGGUGGAGCGGGAAAUCGGAUGACGAGUUUAACAAAUCGCAUCCCGAAGUGUAUGCUUCCAAUUGCUGGUGUACCAAUGUUUUGGUAUCCUCUUAACUUCUUGGAAAGGAAUAAUAUUAGAGAAGUCAUCAUGGUAGUUCCUGAAAAACUUAUAAGUGAGAUUAAGCAACUUUUGUCUGGAUCUAAGUUGCCGUCAUUAAGAGAAUUGCAAGUCGAGUUUGUGAAACUGAGUAGUGCCGCUCAAAAUUGGGGUACUGCAGAUGUGUUGAGGUUCUUAAGACCUCGCAUCAAGAAUGAUUUUGUGGUAGUUAGUGGCGAUUUUGUCUCUGAUAUGAAUUUCGCUCCUAUGUUAUCGUUACAUAUUGCUGAAAAUUCUUGCCUAACGUGCUUACUGUGCGAUCGUGUGAUCACAGGACCAGUUGUUGGACCGAAAAUCAAGCAUUCUAAAGGACGCGAUUUCGUUGUGUUAUCAGAUGACAAUCGAUUAUUGUUUAUUGGUUCAGAAGAAGACUAUGACGAAACAGUUCCAGUGAAUAUUGAUUUUUUCAGCACAUGUGAGUCUGCUUAUUUCACAGCUCGAUAUAAUGAUUGUCAUAUUUAUAUAAUGAAGAAAUGGACUCUAGACAUCAUUAAGAAAAAUAGAAAAUUUUCAUCGUUGAAAGCUGACUUCAUACCAUAUAUAUUAGAAAAGCGGAAUAUGAAAGAUAUUCACGAAGUUAUUGAUCAUCACAUAACUGAUCCUCUGGAUGAAAAAGUACAGAAGUUUAGCUUUGGUUCCAGUACUGUGAAUUGCCUUUCUCCUUUAUUAAAGUGCUGUGCGUAUUUAAUUCCACCGGAGAAUGGUUUUAUUGUUGGUCAUAUAAACAACAUUGAAGCAUAUUUCGAAAUAAAUAAGACUAUUGUUCGUUUUUUGUCACCAAAUUUUUCCGAGAAGUUUUUCGUUGGGCAAAGCAUUGAUAACGCAGGCGUCGUCGCAUCUGGAUCUGAAUCUUAUAUAAGUUCUUCUGUUCGUUUCUAUCCGCAAAUUGAGGCUGACACACCUAGUGCUCGUAGCGAAAAGCCAAUUAUCAAACGUUCCGUGGUUGGUGAUAAAUGUGUUAUUGGACCGAAAUGCAAGAUCACUGGCUCUGUAUUAAUGAAUGGAUGCCACAUCGGUGCUCGGGCACAAAUAACGAAUUCCAUAAUAUGUAUGAAUGUUGAGAUUGGCGAGAACGCGGAUAUAUUUUCAUCAAUAAUCACCUCGCAACAGUCUGUCCCAGCAGAUAGUAAUUCAUUUGUAUACUUAACAAAAUGA